CUCUAAUCAAAGUCAAAGAGAACGACAACAUUUUUAUAACAUCUGUGGUUCCACAAAUUCCGCUUUGUAAUCAUCGGUAUCUGAAGUCAUAGUCAUUGAUUUUGAUCGAAAUAAGUUAGAUUUUUAUAUUAAAUUCGAUUUUAGUUAAAAUACGUAAUGGGUCAGAAUCAAUCUGGCGGAGGCAGCGGCGGAGACAAAAAAGAUGACAAGGAUAAGAAGAAGAAAUACGAACCUCCAAUCCCUACCAGGGUGGGUAAGAAGAAGCGCAAGGCCAAGGGUCCUGAUGCUGCAUUAAAACUACCUCAAGUGACACCACACACUCGGUGUAGAUUGAAGCUGUUGAAAUUAGAAAGAAUCAAGGAUUAUCUGCUUAUGGAGGAAGAAUUCAUCCGCAAUCAAGAAAGGCUGAAGCCUCAGGAGGAAAAAAUUGAGGAGGAGAGGUCUAAGGUGGAUGACCUUAGAGGAACACCUAUGUCAGUGGGCAACUUGGAGGAAAUCAUUGAUGACAACCAUGCUAUUGUGUCUACAUCUGUGGGCAGUGAGCACUAUGUCAGCAUCCUGUCCUUUGUAGACAAGGAUCAGCUGGAGCCUGGUUGCUCAGUGCUCUUGAACCAUAAGGUUCAUGCUGUAGUGGGUGUGUUGGGUGAUGAUACAGAUCCUAUGGUCUCUGUUAUGAAGCUGGAGAAGGCACCACAGGAGACCUAUGCUGAUAUUGGAGGUCUUGAUACUCAGAUACAGGAAAUUAAGGAAUCUGUAGAGCUACCACUUACUCACCCGGAGUAUUAUGAAGAGAUGGGUAUCAAGCCUCCAAAGGGUGUGAUUCUCUAUGGUCCACCUGGAACUGGCAAAACCUUGUUAGCCAAAGCUGUUGCCAACCAGACCUCAGCAACAUUUUUGCGAGUUGUUGGCUCAGAACUCAUUCAAAAAUACCUGGGAGAUGGACCGAAGCUUGUUCGUGAACUAUUCAGGGUAGCUGAAGAGCAUGCUCCUUCAAUUGUGUUUAUUGAUGAAAUAGAUGCUGUAGGCACAAAACGUUAUGAUUCAAAUUCUGGUGGUGAAAGGGAAAUCCAGAGAACUAUGUUGGAGUUACUUAAUCAGCUUGAUGGAUUUGAUUCACGAGGUGAUGUUAAAGUAAUCAUGGCCACAAACCGCAUAGAGACACUAGAUCCUGCGUUGAUUCGACCUGGUCGUAUAGACAGGAAAAUCGAGUUUCCUCUGCCCGAUGAAAAAACAAAGCGAAGAAUCUUCACUAUUCACACAUCAAGAAUGACACUAGCUGAUGAUGUCAACUUAUCUGAACUUAUUAUGUCUAAAGAUGAUCUGUCUGGUGCAGAUAUUAAGGCAAUUUGUACCGAAGCUGGAUUGAUGGCGUUACGAGAACGCCGCAUGAAAGUAACCAAUGAAGAUUUCAAGAAAUCAAAGGAGAGUGUCUUAUAUCGCAAAAAGGAAGGCACACCUGAGGGACUUUACCUAUAGAGAGUUUCCAUAUUUAAUAGUUGUUUAUUAUUUCGCAUCUGUCUUCUAUAUUUUUCGCGCAAUAAAAUGUGCUG